AUGUCUUACGAUUUGGCCACCGCUGAAAAUGCUGCUUACUCCCCAUUCUUCGGGUACAUGGGAGCUGCAUCUGCCCAAAUUUUCACUGUAUUGGGAGCCGCUUAUGGAACUGCUAAGUCCGCUGUCGGAAUUUGCUCCAUGGGAGUUAUGCGACCUGAACUCAUCAUGAAGUCCGUCAUCCCCGUUAUUAUGGCUGGUAUCAUCGGUAUCUACGGUCUUGUCGUCGCUAUGGUCUUGAAAGGAAAAGUCACUUCUGCUAGUGAUGGAUACAAUUUGAACAAGGGAUUCGCUCAUCUUGCUGCUGGACUCACCUGCGGAUUGUGUGGACUUGGAGCUGGAUACGCCAUUGGUAUUGUCGGAGAUGCUGGAGUCAGAGGAACUGCCCAACAACCUCGUCUUUUCGUCGGAAUGAUUUUGAUUCUUAUUUUCUCUGAAGUCUUAGGACUUUACGGAAUGAUUGUUGCUCUUAUCCUCGGAACAUCAUCUUAA